UUCCGGUGUACGAUCGGACGCCAAGACAGAGAAUUUGGCCGAAAUUUGGCGAUUUUACUUUAAAAUUUUACCACCUUUAACGCCACAAUGUCGACGAGAGCAGAGAGGGAGAAGAACAAGAAACAACAUGAUAAAAACACGAGUGUACUCAUGGAGUUACUUCGCGAAGAACAGAACAAAUUUUGCGCUGACUGCCGGGCAAAAGGACCAAGAUGGGCUUCGUGGAAUCUCGGUAUUUUCGUCUGUAUUACUUGUGCGGGCAUUCAUAGAAAUUUAGGCGUGCAUAUUUCCAAAGUGAAGUCUGUCAAUUUGGACGCAUGGACACCGGAACAAGUUAAGAAUGUCGUGGAAUGGGGAAACAGAAGAGCAGCAGAUUACUACGAGUUUCAUUUGCCCGUUGGAUUCCGUCGUCCUCAAGGCGACUCAAGCCUUGAACAGUUCAUUAGAAAUAAAUAUGAGAAGAAGUUAUAUAUAAAUAAGGGUGGUCCACCCCCUGCUAGAGAAUCAAUUAACUCGCCUGAAAAGGUUAGCCAAGAUAAGAAAAAAUCUAGCGAUAGCCAAAGUAAAAAGAUAUCUAGACCAGAACCGUCCAAGUCGGUUCCGAACCCUACCAAGGCUAGCAAUCUGUCGAACAUCAAGCCAUCAUCAGCUACCGUAGACCUUCUCUCAAUGUCUGAACCAGCACCAUCACAACAAGCACCAGCACAGAUAAGCUCCACCUUGUUGAGCAUGUCAGCGCCACCUGCUGCUGCACAAGGCAAUACUGCUGACCUUCUCAACUUCGGUGGUCCCUCGUUCCAAGUUGCAGAUAGCAAUCCCCAACAGCCGAAAUCCCAGCCACCAUCCCAGGGAUUUGCAUUUGAGUUGUCGCAGAAUAUGUCAACACCAUCCCCAGUUAUCAACAAUACAACAACAAAUGGUACUUCAGAUCAAACCAAUAUCGAAGAAAAUUUGUUUAAAGGUGAUCUUUCGAGUGGAGGACAGUCGAAAAAAGAUUCUAUAAUGGCGUUGUAUCAACCAUCUCAAAAGCAAGCCAAUCCUCAGAUGUUCGGUGUUCCAGGCGGAGUUUAUCUUCCUCAACAGCAGCAACAGCAGCAGCAACAACAGAUGAAUGUUAUGGCGAUGAACAGGCCUCAGGGAAUAACACCUCAAUAUAACGCACAGCAAACAAUGUUUAAUAUUCCACAGCAACAACAGCAGCAACAAAUGUUUCAGGUCAACCAGGUCCAACAGCAAAUGUCGAUGUUAGGCCUGAGGCAACAGCAUCAACCAACUCAGGCAAUGCCCGGCAAUCAGGGUAUGCCUAAUUUUCAGGCAGGUUCAGGCUACAAUCCAAAUAUGGCAAUGCCAGGUAUGAUGUCCUAUAACAACAGUGCGACUCCGUAUGGAAACACGCCCAUGGUUAACGGCGGCUGGAUGCCGCGACCCGGAGGAAAUUUCCCCCAACAACAGCCAACACCCCCGUACCUAACCACCGGUCCUACAGCGCCAAGGUUCAAUAUGUACCAAGCACAGGGGGGUGCGCAAUCUGGGCAUACGUUAAGCACUAAUCUGUGGAAAUGAGUUACUUUGGAGUCAGCUGAAUUAAGAUGAAUCUUCUUGUCGAAAAUGGUGAAUUUUUUUCGGAAAUUGAGUGUAAAUACAUUGAAGCGUUUUGUGGUAAAAUUUCUCUUUUCGUGGAGUAGAAAUUUGGACGUCCGUGUUGUCUGACUGUGACUGAAUGGUUGUUCAUUUAACCAACUAUUCCUAGAACUCUGGAAAAGAUGUUCUUUAAGUAGACUUCAAACUACCGUGUGGUGAAUGAUUGGAUUCUCUGAAAGACAUAAUAAUUUCAUGAAUAGUUGAACUUUUCAUGAGUUUUACAAAUGAAGCUAAUUUCUACUUGUGCUAGAAUUAAUUUAAUAAACAAUGCGUAUACGGUGUUGCACUGAAGUAUAGAAAACGUGGAGACACUGCAUGCCACUGAUGAUGAUUGUUUCCUAAAAUAGUUAUUUCUCUAAAGCAGCCACAAUUGGUUAUGCCAGCAAAGUGUAGAUUUCAUUUCAUUCAACCGUGUUGAACUAAAAUUGUUUUGCAUAUAAAAAAGCUCUAUCAAAUGUAUAACCAAUUGUAUCGAGCCAAUCAGGUUUUGUGUGUAUUUGCGUACAUUAUGCUAAAUAGGUUUUUUCUAACUGCAAUUGUAAACACGCAUGCGCUCAGCAUCAGACAAACUUCCAUCAAACUAAGCUAACUUGAAGAAAAUACCAACACUAGCAAAUCCCUUGUUUUAAGAUCUAAAGUUUUGGUCAAGUUCCAAAUUCAAAGAAUUUUAGCAUAUCAACGAUUAUUUAGUAUAAAUAUAUAUCAAAUUCUGUGUUCGUAAAAUGGAAUAUAAAUUUAAAUAAAUG